AUCAACAUUUUAAUAUGACAAAUAAUGACACAGUACAAGAUCAUCAGCGGAAAGCAGAAAGUGGAAAACCCUGGCCUAUAGGCUUAUUGAAAUUGCACAUUGAAAGUGUAUAUCACUAAUUGUCAGACUGGGUUUAAUAACUCUUAUCUUUUCUAUUAUUGUUCUUAUGAAAUGAAAUCCUUUAUGUAAACAGGCAAUCUCUUUGAUAUUAAGUUCUCUUUUUCAGGAGAGUACGCAGAGAGACAGCUGCACAAUAAAACGACACAUGGUCGCGUUUUGGAGCUUUUUACAGUUUUAGGCAGCAAAGUAAAUCCAGUUUUUCCAAGUUCAGUGUGAAUCACAGUACAGCUGAUUUUAAGUAUUGUCUUUAAAUGUAAUAAAAGAUAUAAUAAUUUUAAUGUAUCCAAAUUUAGAUUGGAGAUGUGAAUGGCAGAGAGAAUACUGUUUAUGUACACAGUGAAUAAAAGAGGUCCAUGAAUGGUUCCCUGUGAAACACCUGAACAAACACUGAGGAGGACUCGGCCUAAAAGGAGGCGUCUAUCAGAAAGGUAAUGAUAAACCGUCAGAGGGAGUGUUCAUACAGACCUACGGAGACGUGUUUUAAUAAAAUUCUGUGAUCUAGUGCAGCACAUUACUGAUGCUUAGCAGAGCUGAGUACACAAACAGUAGCUGAUGUGCUGUGAUAACAUCCUGAACCCUGACCAAAAAGUGUCAUUUGAUUUCAGAUACACCUUCUAUUUAACAUUCAUUCAAGACUUAAGACUAUUUUCAGGCAAGACUACCAUUUUAAAGUGUUCAGGGUCAGCACCUUUAUGAAACACCUGUGCAUUCUGUUUGAAAUUUUGCCUGAAGCCUGAUAAAUUCAGAAUGUCAUUUAUAGGUUUAUCAGUACUCAGUCAAAGAAGGACCCAGUCUAAACUGUCCUCACUGUUUGACUCUUUUGGCUUUAAGCGUUCAGUUUCCUACAGACCUCGCUGCAGCUCAUCGUGGUAAAAGAGAAUAUGUUUUCACAGUUUUGAAUAUUUAGCACAGAGCAAAAUAAUUAUAGAUCAUAUUUCUGUUAGACAAGGAAUGAUUAAAAUGAUUUAAUGAAUGAUUUAAUGGUUUUUGAUUUGUAGAUUUUUGAAGGAAAUGAGUAAGUUAUCUUUAAAAGUCUCUACAGGACAGCGGUGCUUUCUCACAGAUGUUACUGUCAGUCCAGUGAAAGACUGCUGUUCCUCUUGCUGGGUCUCUAGAGGUUGGCUUUGCACUGAAAAAUUACAGUAAAUUCUCAGUAGAAGGAUUGCCAGCAAGUUACUUAUAAUUCAUAAUGACCUGACUGUGAUUACAGGAUACUUCUGUGUUUUUAUAGGUUAAUGAAACAAUUAAAACAAGCAAAGGAAACACACACACACAAAGAGUGGCGACUUUCAACCCGUAAAGAUUAUCCAUGUAGCUAAUGAGAAUCACAGACUCACAUGAUGAAAGAGGUUCACAUUCCUCUCUAUCUGCCUAUGUAUUGGUUGAAUUGGCUGAUAUUGUUAUUGUAGACUUUAAAGAUUUGAAACAGCACAAGUCUUAUUUCAUGUUGAAGAAGCAAAACAUUAACAAAAAGAAAACAUAGAUAGCGCUGUUAUUUUAACUAACAGUUUUGUUUUACAAAUUUAAAUAACUGUGUACCAUAAAUUUACAGUCACAGCCAGUCAUGCUUUUAUUUUGAAAAACCAUCACCAGAAGUGCAGUUGGUCACGCGGGCUGCCUUGACGCUUGUGCCGUGCGGGUUCGCGCUGACGCCAAAAAAGAAAAUCUUCCACAGCUGAGUCCCGCCUUUCCCCGGCUUGCUAAAAAGUGAUCCAUUGGACUGUUCGCAUCCCCGUUCGCUUCCUGCCAAAUACUGAGCCUCUGCGCUGACCAGUUUCCUCACAGACAACUAAAGCGCUUAAUUAAGAAGAACUUUUUAGUCUGCCAUGUUUUAUAAAUGACGAUUUUCGUUGAAAAAAACGACGCCAUCACUGUUAAUAAGUAUUAACAAAACUGCACUGUGCGGUAAUAUCGGGUCCGGCAGGGGGCGCGCUUUUUAAGCGUAAGUCUCACUGAUCCAGAGUCCGAUGUUUCAGCUUUUGCAUAUGUAACAGACGCACUGAGCAGGAGGAAAUCUGAUCUGGAAACAGAUUCUUUUGGCAGAUGGAUGUGCGUUUUGUUUUGAAUAACCUACACCGCCGCGGGGCGGUGCUUGUCCCACUUGCUAAUAGAGAAUUCGGCGGUGCACACGCGGUGUAUUCCGGUGAUAAAAUAGAGCCACAAGCAGCCAGCGAGCAGGUCAGAGCGGAGGAAUUCGGUGAAAACGAAAGCCGAGUCUCCUGCUCACAGUUACCGUUACCACGAAGAGCUCCGGGUCCAGGUCCAUGAUAGCUCAGCAGGGACACAUCUUCAUCUCACGCGGCGAGGCAUUCUGGAAGAGACGGAGACACCUCGGGAGGAUGUCCCACAGCGCGAACCGGGAGUGAAAAUCUUCUCAGCAAGAUGUGAGAUGAUGCGGGAGAAAACUGCGACGGAGGCCAGCGACAUGGUGUUGGUCCGGAGCUCGCACGGCCGAAGCCGGGCCAGAGUGACUCACGCCGUGGUGGUGAUCUUCUUGGAGUUCUUCGCGUGGGGCCUGCUCACCACGCCCAUGCUGACCGUCCUGCACGAGACGUUUCCUCAGCACACCUUCCUGAUGAACGGCCUGGUGCAGGGGGUCAAGGGUUUCCUGUCGUUUCUGUCAGCUCCUCUGAUUGGUGCUCUGUCAGACAUCUGGGGCAGGAAGUCCUUCCUCCUCAUGACAGUGUUCUUCACCUGCGCCCCCAUCCCCUUCAUGAGGAUCAGCCCCUGGUGGUAUUUCGCUCUCAUCUCAGUCUCCGGGAUUUUCGCGGUGACCUUUUCGGUGAUCUUUGCCUACGUCGCCGACAUCACAGAGGAACACGAGAGGAGCACGGCCUACGGACUGGUCUCAGCGACCUUCGCGGCCAGCCUGGUGACGAGUCCGGCCAUCGGGGCCUACCUGUCUGCGCAGUACGGAGACAGCCUGGUGGUCCUUGUUGCCACGGUGAUUGCUGUGGCAGAUAUUGCGUUCGUGUUCUUCGUCGUCCCCGAGUCGCUGCCAGACAAGAUGAGGCUGACGUCCUGGGGGUUCCCCAUCUCCUGGGAGCAGGCCGACCCCUUCGCCUCUCUGCGUCGGGUGGGGAAAGACACCACGGUGCUGCUGAUCUGCGUCACCGUGUUCCUGUCCUACCUGCCUGAAGCCGGGCAGUACUCCAGCUUCUUCCUCUACCUGCGACAGGUGAUCGAGUUUUCUCCGGCAGCCAUCACCGGCUUCAUCGCCAUGGUGGGAAUCCUCUCUAUAGUCGCUCAGACGGUCUUCUUCGGGGUUCUGAUGAGGACCAUCGGUAAGAAGAACACGGUUCUUCUCGGCCUGGCCUUUCAGCUGUUCCAGCUGGCCUGGUAUGGCUUCGGCUCCGAGCCGUGGAUGAUGUGGGCAGCAGGAACUGUAGCAGCCAUGUCUUCGAUCACCUUCCCAGCAAUCUCUGCUCUGGUGUCGCACAGCGCCUCACCCGACCAGCAAGGUGUGGCUCAGGGGAUGAUCACAGGUAUCAGAGGCCUGUGCAAUGGUUUGGGCCCGGCUCUCUACGGCUUCAUCUUCUUCCUGUUCAACGUGGAGCUGAACGAAGUGGAGCCGAUGGCAGGAAGAUCCACAGCGAGCACACAGAAGCUGGUCGUCCCGGGCCCACCCUUCCUCUUCGGCGCGUGCAGCGUCAUAUUUGCUUUAGUCGUCGCCUUCUUCAUCCCUGAGCGCCACCAGCUGGCCGAAGUCAAGACCUGCACCUCCAACAAGGCCGGCAGCAGCUCCGCCGCACACGCUCAGAACGGCAGCCCUCUCGCCGUGCCUGUCAGCGACACCGAGGACCUCGAGCCGCUGCUGCAGGACAGUGUCAUGUGACUCAUAGGCAGUCUGGCCAAUUACAGAACAGAGUCCUGUCUGCAAGUCCCACCCCCUGUUAAAAAAACAAACCCUCUCUUCCCCCGAUCCAGACUGUUGGGGAACGUUAGGCGGCGGCCUCCCCGGCAAACCGCUUUUUAUCUCACUGACAUCACUCACCUGUGACUCCUCCCAGUCUUUGCCCAGGUGUGUUUGGGCAGGUAGAACCAAAGGGCUUUGAAGUCUUGCCUCAGUAAGAGUCGAGAUCUCACCGUUAAAACAGAUCAGCAGAAGUAAAGUGGUCGUGUAGUCGUGCAGGAUCGUUUUACUUUACGAGCCAAUCACAGCGAGGACGGGACCAGAGAAGCCAAAGCAACUAACAGCAGCCUCCCAUACCUGUCGGUCAGGUCUGUACCUGACUCCACCCGUCAGGUUCGCAGAGGUGAGGCCAUCAAAUGCUCCUCGCUGUACAGGCCGUGAAAGCUGACACUCAAAACUGCGUUGGCUUUUGGGGGGGGAGAGUUUGUUGUUUUUUGGACCGGAGGGCGAAUCGUGGCGAGGACGAGGUUGGAGCUGCUCGGGAUUGUGGGAUACGAUACCAAAUCAUGAUGAGAUCCAGGUGUUUGUUUUCUGUCUGGAUCUAUUUGCGCUCAGACUUCCUGUCACACAGAGCAUGUGCAAACUGACUGGCUAUGAUGUCAUCGCCCUCUCCCGUCAGGAGUUUGCAUAUUUGGGAGAAAUCCGAGUAAAUAAACGGCGUGAAGCUGGAGGCGUCAUUUAGCUCCGCCUCAUUAUUUCAUCAUUUGGUCUCCCAGUUUAAUCAAUCAGGCUUUUAAUUUACUAAUGUGGCGUUUUUGUUUUGAGCUGCAGGUGUGGUCGUUUUGUUUCAGUGUAGAUUUUCCUGCACUGAUCCAGUAAACUGGACUCGGUUUGGCCCGACUUCAAAUCAACAUUUAAAUGCAUUUUAUGUAUUUAUUUAUUGCAUUUUUCGUCUCAGCCCUGAUUUCAAACCUCCGCCCUACAGACGGUCUCAUGUUUUGCCUCCUCCCGUCCUGUAGAGGGCGCUGUACUGCUCUGUUUUAUAGCCUGAAGCUGGACGAAGUCUGCAAAUUAAUAUCAAAGAUUUCACUGAAAACCGAGUUUUCCGUGAGCCGCAGUGACGAGUGACGGUUUUAAAGACAGAGAGCACCACCUAGUUUUCGCCAUUGCUCCUCCCACAAUCUGAACCUCUGCGGGUCACCACCUCCUCCUCCUCCUCGUCUUCUUCUUCUGUUUUAAUACUUGAAGUUUGUUUCUGUUUGACCUGAAAGUGCUCUCCCCGUCCGCCUGCCCCUUCCAGGUCGGACAAAUAAAACGCUCCAAGUUACUGAUGCAGUUUGAACCUUGGCGGUCCCGAGGCGGGCUGCUCACAAACCAACCGGUGCCGUGUUUUAUUACUCUUUUGUGCUUAUUUUGCCUUUUUGUUACAGGCUGUAUUUCUCAGAAGGUCAAUAGAUCGGUUUAAAAAAGCUGAUCAGUCGUUUAAGUCGAGUUUUCUCCCAGUUCAGGUUAAAAACCAUCGCAUGUGCGUUCUGUGCAGGUUCUCACGUUUGCCCCUUAAAGCUUCAGCCUUCAUGAUUGGUUCAUGUGAUGUAUAAAUUCUCUCUAAGUCCAGACUUGGAUUUUUGUGCACAGAGCUCCGGCGGUCCUGGAGGUCUCUUCAUGUCCAGUUUGAACCAGUGAAACCAGUGUCAGAGCACAUGUGGGGCUUCAGCUGUUGCUUAAAGACAGAUUAAUGAAUCAAUGAUCUUGUUUACCUGCACAGCUCGGCUACUGUAAGUGGAAUAUAACCCGUGCUGCAUUCAGGCUCUGUUUCUGUGUGGGAGAUGAUAGUUUUUGACAGUUUAAAGUGACCAGAGGUUCUCUGACUGAUGACGUCACCUUUGAGUGGUAGUUCUUCCUUUUUUUUUCCCUGAAUGCAGCAUGAACGUUGUCAUGGCUACAGGAACGCCUGAUCAUCCUGUUGUGACGUUGAUGAUGAUGUAGCUCAGAAGCACAAUCGACUGUUAGAGAAGCUCUCGGCUUAAUAACCUUUAACCUUUUAACCCUUAACGCCCACUUGCCGAUGAUGUCAGAUGGUUCAUUUUCCUAUGCUCACCGAGUGUCCUCAAAUGCCUCAUGGAGAGUCUUGGAUCCCACAGUAGUUUCUCCGAGUACUGAAUGCCUUUCUGUCUGGAUUAUUCUUUAGACUCAGUCCAAUUUAAAACUGGAUCAUUGGAAUUUUUUUUGUCUUAAGUUCAGAAAUUCGUCUCCUUCAUGUUGGAAUUCAGAACCUAGAUUUAGUGAUCCGGCCGGAUGACUCAGUCAUUCUUCCUGGGUCGAGUUUCCUGCUUUCCUCUGUUAAAUCUGACGAUGAGAUGAAUAUUCUGGAGAUUAGGGCAGCUGAUUGUUGACUCCAUGAUGAGGUUAAGAGCCGAGUCCCGGUUUCUGCUGUCAGAGCCGAGUCGCUCCAUCACGUCGUCAUCGUGUCAUAAAAAGUUUCCUGCUUUACGUUUUUUAAUGAAUUUCCCUGUUGAUGAUUCUCUGAAACCGUUCAUGAAGUGAAACGUGACGUUUUUAAAUGUCGGCUUGUGUUUGGUCACAGAGACGAUGGAGGCUGUAAAUCCUCCUCAGAGGCUUUUUCUCUUUUUUUACGGUGAGGCGUGAAGGCUGACGCGCCAACAUGGCCGCCGCAGCGACUGACAGCCCUUCCCAGAUGUUCCUCCUCUUCCUCCUCCGUGCAGACCUUUUGCUGAUUGCUGCACUUUAAUUUCUCUGAACGUGUGCCUGAAUCACUCGUGUUCAUAUCACUUUUAUAUUUAAACCGAGAGAUGUGUCGCGUAUUUUGCUUUUGCUCUUUUAUCUUAAGAACAUAAUUUUGAAUAAUAUCUAUGAUAACAAGAAUAUUAAUAACAAUAAAGAGAAACGUGUGACAUUUUGAAA